GUAGAAAUUCUGUUUGCCACCACAUAAUUUCUCUUUAAUUAUUUAUUUUGAUUCAGGAUAGGUUACCGGUGGAUGAAUAGAUUGUUUGCCCUUGCUUGUUAUGCUAUGCUACUUUUGCCCGGUUUUCUCCAAGUGGGAUAUUAUUAUUUUUUUUCAAGUCAAGUCCGGCGGAGUAUUGUUUAUGGAGAUCAACCAAGAAACAGACUGGACCUAUUUUUACCAACAAAUAACGCUGAACAAGUGCCAGUUGUGGUGUUUGUAACUGGAGGAGCAUGGAUCAUUGGCUACAAAGCUUGGGGUUCGCUACUGGGAAGGCAGUUGGCUGAAAGAAAUAUCAUAGUUGCAUGCAUUGAUUACAGAAAUUUUCCCCAGGGAACUAUUAGUGACAUGGUGAACGAUGUUUCUGAGGGGAUCUCAUUUGUCUGCAACAACAUUGCUGAUUAUGGAGGUGAUCCUAAGAGGAUUUAUCUAAUGGGGCAAUCAGCUGGUGCACAUAUAUCUUCUUGGGCUCUUUUGGAACAAACAAUCAAAGAAUCUAGGGGAGAGAGCACCUCAUGGAGUGUUUCCCAGUUAAAAGCUUAUUUUGGUUUAUCUGGAGGGUACAAUUUAUUUAAUUUAGUGGAUCACUUCCACAAUCGUGGCCUCUAUCGUUCCUUCUUUUUAAGAUAUCCUCUGAAUGAAUAG